AUGACAACAAACCUUCGUAUUUUACAGUUGAAUAUCAUGAAAUCUAGACCGGGAAUGGAGGCUCUUAUCAAUGAUCAUCAGAGUCAGAAUCUGGACAUGCUCCUGAUCCAAGAGCCACCAAUGACUGCUUAUCGAAGCCAUGUUAACCACAGUGCAUGGAGACUUUACCGACCAACCUAUACAGACGAAUCAGUCCGGUUCCGCAGCCUUCUCUAUGUAAACCGAAGGAUCUCAACAUCAUCACAUCGGCAAAUCCACUGCAAUCAUCCGGAUGUGGUGGCCAUCAAAAUCUGGACCCCAGAACUACAAUACCUUAUAUUCUCCGUCUAUAUCCCACCAGUCGCACUGUAUGAAGCGCCAGAGGUUUCCAGUGCACAACAGAUCCUAGAAGAAAUCCAGACAAGCAUCCGACAACAUGCAGAAGGAAACAACCGAGUAACAAAACUCAUUCUGGCUGGGGACUGGAACCGCCACCACCCUGCAUGGAGCCACCGUCCUGUUCACCACUCUUUCGCAGAACACGCAGAGGAGCUGAUUAACUUCUUUCAAGCCCACGAACUACAAUGGUGCCUGGCUCCAGGCCAGCCUACAUUCUGGUCUCUCAAAGAACCUGGAAAAACAUCAGUCCUAGACCUCACACUCACUAACAACACAGAAAGACUAAUCAAGUGUCAACUCUACCACCACCACUAUGGGUCAGACCAUCGCGGGACAUACUCGGAAUGGAGUCUCCAACCGAAGCAAAACGUAAAACUGAAGCUGAAAAGAGCCUAUGACCGAGCUGACUGGACGAAGGUGGGCCAAGACAUACUCAACCUGAUUGACCCACAACCAAGGAUCCUGUCAAGCCAGGACCUGGAUCAAGUGGUCGAGAAUCUGGUUCAUACAACAACCACUGUCCUUGACCAACAUGUCCCAUUCUUAGCGCCAUCUCCAUACUCCAAGCGAUGGUUCACCCCAGAUCUUAAGGUCCAACAGACCGAAGUCAAUCAGAUCCGCCGGAGAUGGCAGGAUGGAUGUGCAAUCCUAGGACCUAGUCACCCAAUGACAAAAACUCUCUUUGAAGAAAUGCGGCGGAAAAGACGACAAUGGACAAGAGCGAUUGAAAAGGCAAAGUCCGGCCACUGGAGAGAGUUCCUUGACAAAGCAGGCGAAGGCCACCUGUGGAAAGCAGCCACCUACAUGCGCCCCCGUGAUGCCGACAUGAGCAUCCCAACACUCAAGGUGGACACCAAAGAAGUCACAGACAACCAAGAGAAGGCAGAGGUGUUCCUGGAAGCCUUUUUUCCAAAAAUGGCAGAUCCCGGGGACGAAGAAGUGGAGUCCCCCGCGGAGGAGCUGCGGUGGGAGCCGAUUACAGAAAUAGAGAUUCACCGAUCAAUCAGAGCAGCUAAGGGAACCACAGCCCCUGGCGAGGAUGGUAUCCCAACCCUCGUCUGGAAGCAACUAUGGGCAUACCUGAAGGAAACCAUCACCAUAAUCUUCACAAAAUCACUAGACCUUGGCUACUACCCCAAUCAAUGGAAACGGGCACGAAUCGUGGUACUGCGGAAGCCGGGUAAACCGGACUACUCUGCACCUGGGGCCUACCGGCCCAUCUCGCUGCUGAACACCCUGGGGAAAUUACUGGAAGCGGUUAUGGCCCGAAGGCUGUCCUAUUGGGCUGAGAAAUACGGUCUGCUACCAGACACGCAGUUUGGGGGCAGACCAGGACGUAACACUGAGCAAGCCCUUCUAGUACUUGCUAACGCGAUCGAUCGAGCAUGGGUGCGAUCCAGGGUGGUCACGCUAGUUGCCUUCGAUCUUAAAGGCGCAUUCAAUGGGGUCAACAAAACCAGCCUUGACACUCGUUUACGGGCAAAAGGUAUCCCAUUUAAAGCCCGACAGUGGAUCUGUAGUUUUAUGGAAAAUCGACAAGCGAGUGUUACAUUUGACGACUUUGAGACUGAAAACCUCCCCCUAGAACAUGCCGGCCUCGCGCAAGGAUCCCCACUCUCACCAAUCUUAUUCUGCUUCUAUAACUCGGACCUGGUAGACCAACCAGUGGACAGCAACGGUGGUGCAUCUGCAUUUAUCGAUGACUAUUUCCGCUGGAGAACCAGCCCAUCAGCGGAGGAAAACAUCAAGAAAAUCCAGGAAGAAGACAUCCCGCGGAUUGACGAAUGGGCGCGACGAACCGGCGCGUCUUUCGCCGCUGAGAAGACCGAGCUAAUACACUUGACUCGCCGCAAGAGUGAGCAUUGUAAAGGGCAGAUUCUCAUAAACGGCCAGGUCAUUAAACCAGCCGACACGGCUAAGCUCCUAGGGGUCAUCUUUGAUAAAGAGAUGAGAUGGAAAGAACAUAUACAGCGGGCAGUGAGGAGAGCGACUAAGGUGAAUAUAGCCCUUGGGGGGCUCAGACACCUCCGACCAGAACAGAUGCGGCAACUCUACCAAGCGUGUGUAACGCCGACCAUAGACUAUGCAUCUACAGUCUGGCACAACCCACUCAGAGACAAAACACACCUAAGGCUCCUGAGAACGGUCCAACGAACGGCCCUUAUCCGGAUCCUCUCUGCUUUUAGAACAGUAUCCACAGAGGCACUGGAAGUUGAAUCCCACAUAUUACCCACCCACUUGCGACUUAAGCAACGGGCACAGAUAACAGCGGCCCGCCUCAGCACAUUACCAGGAAAUCACCCAAUCCACGGAGUGAUCGUUCGAGCAAUAGCGCGGAGUUCACAUAUUGGAAGUGGUCAACGAUUCCCCCUUGCAGAAACGAUGCGGACUAUGGACCUUAACCGUCUACAAGCCCUAGAAACCAUUGACCCAACACCCCUAGCACCAUGGCGAACUCAGCCCUUCACGGAAAUUGAAAUCGAGCCUGACCGAGAGAAGGCCAAAGCCAACGCCUCAGCAAGGCAAGCAAUGACAGGUGCCACGGUGUUUUCAGAUGCAUCAGGACAACAAAAUCAAUUGGGUGCUGCAGCAGUAGCCCUGGACAAAAAUCAGCAGAUUUUGGGGUCCCGACAAAUUAGUAUCGGUUCAAUGAGCUAUUGGUCUGUCUAUGCAGCAGAACUCAUGGCGAUCUAUUAUGCAAUUGGGCUGGUUUUUCAACUGGCGCAAAAGAAUCAAACUACUGCGACAACAACACGAGGCCCAGCAACAAUCCUCAGCGAUAGUAUGUCCGCACUGCAGGCAAUUGCGAAUGCAUGGAAUAAGUCAGGCCAGCGAAUUCUUCAGGCCAUCCAUCAGGCGGCUGGGGAGCUAAAAGCCCGAGGAAUCCCGCUGCGACUACAAUGGGUCCCGGGACAUUGCGGUGACCCUGGAAAUGAGACAGCAGACCGGCUUGCCAAAGAAGCAGUAGGCCUAGAAAAGAAACACCCGUUCCGACAUCUUUUGUCCCGUGAAAAGGGAUAUAUCCGCGAUAGAAUUAGCAAGGAAUGGGAACAAGAAUGGAGAACCUCCAAGAAAGGAGGGCACCUCCGCAAAAUCGAUCGGACCUUACCGUCAAGCCGCACCCGCCGGCUCUACGGCUCACUCCCUCGCAACCGAGCUUAUCUGCUCACCCAACUCCGGACCGGCCACUCGUGGCUGGCAACAUAUGGCAAGCAACAUCGCUUCCAGGAAGAGGAAAAAUGUGAAUGUGGGGCGGUAGAGACAGUGGUCCAUGUGUUAAUUGACUGCCCGCGGCUAAACAGGCUGCGCCAAGAGCUACGACGCAAAAUAGGAAGAGCAUUCAACAACAUUUCAGAUAUGCUAGGAGGAGCUGAACAAGGUAAGGAAGGUAGGUUACAAGAUGCCCCGCAGGACAGCAGCGUCUUAGGCGCGGUACUGGACUAUGCAGAGGCAUCGCAGAGAUUUCGAAGUCGCGCGCCACGAGGGCGGCAGAACAGAACACCAGGCAUAGGCCAACACAGGCCUUGA